GACUCGUUCGUGCUGUAUUCAUAAAAUGYAUAGAAUUUAUCCAAUUUUAAUUGCUGUUAAGCAAAAAAGUUAAUUGCCCAAGAAAAAAUUGUGCAAAUUUUUUAUAUUUUUUUUCGAAUAAAUUCCAUAAUCAAAUCUUUAACGAGCUAUCUGUGAUGAGUUUACAAAUGUACGCAUAGAUAUGCGUUUAGAACAUUAUUAGAAAAAAAAAACAACUUUCAAAAUGCGGUUGGCUAUAUGCAUGUCUAAAUAUGUACAUAUGUAUAUAUGUAUGUAGUUAAAAGGCGAAUUAUUUAGUGUGCGGUAAAGGUAUGGUUAAUUGUCAAAAAUGUCGGAAAUCGUGGAUACGGAACUACUAGUGAAUUGUACAAUACUCGCCGUCAGGCGUUUCGGACUUAACACUAUUGUAAAUUCAUCUCUAUUGAGCAGCCUGAAUCGAUCGGAAGUUAUCAAUCUACUUUCUGGAAUAAUAGAGAAUAAGGACAACCUGGACAACAUUAAUGACGCAAAGGACUUUUUAACGGAAUGCUUGUUUCCGUCACCGACGAGACCGUACGAAUUGCCAUGGGAACAAAAAACUAUUUGGGCGAUUAUCUUUGGUAUGAUGCUGUUUGUGGCAAUUGCCGGAAACUGCAUUGUCUUGUGGAUUGUUGCUGGUCAUCGCAGUAUGCGCACUGUUACAAACUACUUUUUACUCAACUUGAGCAUUGCCGAUUUGCUAAUGUCCUCGCUCAAUUGCGUUUUCAAUUUCAUCUUUAUGCUGAAUUCGGAUUGGCCCUUCGGUUCUAUUUACUGCACAAUAAAUAAUUUCAUGGCGAAUGUGACUGUCUCGACGUCGGUAUUUACUCUUGUGGCUAUAUCACUGGAUAGAUAUUUCGCAAUUGUUCACCCUUUGAAGAGACGAACAUCAAGACGAAAAGUACGGAUCAUUCUGUUACUAAUAUGGGUUAUAAGUUGUCUGCUAGCAGCGCCCUGCUUACUGUACUCAAGCACAAUGACGAAAAGAUACUACAACGGCAAAUCGAGAACUGUGUGCUUUAUGCUGUGGCCAGAUGGACGCUAUCCAACAUCGAUAUCAGAUUAUGCUUACAACAUCAUAAUCCUCAUACUCACCUAUGGUAUUCCAAUGGUUGUCAUGCUAAUAUGCUACACCUUAAUGGGUCGCGUUCUCUGGGGAAGCCGUUCUAUUGGAGAAAAUAUUGAUCGUCAAAUGGAGUCGAUGAAGUCGAAAAGAAAAGUGGUACGGAUGUUUAUUGCCAUCGUUCUAAUAUUUGCAAUAUGCUGGUUGCCAUAUCAUAUGUUUUUCAUCUAUGCUUAUCACAACAACGAUAUCACAUCCGCCAAAUACGUACAACAUAUGUACUUGGGGUUCUACUGGUUAGCUAUGUCAAAUGCCAUGGUAAAUCCUAUAAUAUACUAUUGGAUGAACAAAAGAUUUCGAUUGUACUUUCAAAGGAUCAUAUGUUGUUGUUGCUAUGGUGCAGUCAAUCACAAGACGGAUUCCCCAAAUUUAAUUGCAAAUAAAAACAGUUUUCAAAAAUCUAUUAAAGUAGAGGGCAAAAAUAUUUGGAAACGUAGUACAAUGGAAACACAAAUACAGGUGGCGCAAACUUCACUUCGAGAGAGAAUCACCAUGGAUAGAACUCCGAAUAAAGUCGUUGUGGACUGCAUACAAGAGAAAGUCAAAAGUGAUAGUUCUCCAGUUUAUAUUUCAACCAAAAGCGGAACUGAUCAGCAACGAAUUAUAAUAAAAUGUAUUUCCUGUGACGAGGACAAUAAAUAUGGUAAAGAUAUUCAGGGAAAGAAUGGAAAGGAUGGAAAAGACACUCUUUGAUUGUAAAUUUAAGCAUAAGAAAUAAAUACCUAUGUGUGAAUUUAUAAAUACCUUAAAUUAGGUAAUUCAUAUGGAAUACGUAACAAACUUUUGCAGAACGACCUAAUUAACUCAUUAUGUAAAUAGUUAGAUUAUUGAGCUUUAAAAAUAUCUUUAUAGAUUUAAUUAACUGCAAUUAUAUCAAAUUACAUGUUGGUACUGCAAGUAUUCAACAUUUUUAGCUUGUUUUGGAGGUACAUACUUAUUUAUACUCACGCAUGUUGCCACCGAGUUAUACUCUUGUUCACCUAACGGUUAUUUGUAACACCUUAAACUAAUAGAGAUGUAUAUAAGCAUAUUAAUAUGAUCAGGAUGAUGAGAUGAUGAUAGUGUAGAUAGAAAUUGAGAUUACUUGAUGAAAUUUUCUACAUKUAUUCAUUGGCUGCGCGGAUGUCGUUUAUCUAAAAUUUAUAAAGUGUUAUAACUUAUAACGUAUCCGCAAACCAAUGUAAAAACUCAUAUUUGGUAGAGGGUAUCGAAGUAUUGAAAAAUAUUGAUUAAAAUUAUUAUUAAUUGAUUAAAAAAGUAAAGAUAUGGCCGUGAAACACUCCUUAAUAGAUUGUGAGUACAUAUCACACACGCCACACAUUGAAGCUAAAGCGACCAAAUGUAUUAUGAGCAAGUCUUUCUACAUAGUACACCUUCAUAAAGUGAAAAGAAUUAAAUUGGAUCAUAACCACUCCCCAUAUACCGAUACACGGAUAUGUUGAAAAAUAGUGCGAAAACUAUUUAAAUAAAUACAGCAGGGUAGUGAGUGA